AUGACGAGAUCUAAUGAAAAUUUUGAAAAUUUUAGUAUGGACGGUGAACAACCGUACAAAAUUCAAAAUGAUUAUCAUCAACGAGCUGUUGGUUUUCUUCGUCAAGCACUUGAAUUCGACGAACAAUCAAAUAAUAAAGAAAUGGCUAUUCUAUUAUACAAACAAGGCAUACGUGAAUUAGAAAAAGCAGUAAAUUUAAAUGUUGAUCCUAAAGAUAAUCGUGCUGUGGAUCUGCAUACAAAAAUGCGUAAAAAUUUAGCUAUGGCUCGUGAACGAGUGCAUGUUUUACAGGACUUACUCCGUAAAGAGAAUGCAAUACCAGCAAAAGCUCAGGCUGUUCCACCAAAACCUCGUCACAUUCCAACGAAAGCUCAACAUCCCACGCCUCAUAAGAUUUAUUCACCACCUCCAAUUGAAAGAAAAGAAGUAUCAUCAAAAUUAAAUGAUAAUGCAGCAGCUGCUCAAAACAAACGACCUGUACUCAAAUUACCUAAUGUUGAAAAAAAAGAAUUACCAUCAAAAUCAGAUGAUGAUGCAGCAGCUGUUCAAAACAAACAAUCUUUACUUAAUUUACCUAAUGUUGAAAAACAACUUAUUUCAUAUAUUCUUGAUGAAGUUAUAGUAAAUAAACCUAAUGUUAAAUUCACUGAUAUUGGUGGUCAAGAAAGAGCCAAACGAGCACUUGAAGAAGCCGUUAUUUUACCUGUUCUUCGACCCGAAAUGUUUACUGGUCUACGGGCACCCGUACGAGGUAUUCUAUUGUUCGGACCACCUGGUAACGGCAAAACAAUGCUGGCAAAAGCUGUAGCUUCUGAAGCAAAAGCUCGUUUUUUCAACAUUACUGCAUCUAGUUUAACAUCAAAAUAUGUUGGUGAAGGUGAAAAACUUGUUCGCACUUUAUUUGCUGCAGCUCGGGAAUUACAACCAUCAAUUAUUUUUAUUGACGAAGUUGAUUCAUUACUUACUGAACGUAAAGAAUCGGAACAUGAUGCAAUGCGUCGAUUAAAAACUGAAUUUUUUAUUCAAUUUGAUGGUGUUCAAACAAACAGUGAUGAUCGUAUUCUUGUUCUUGCUGCUACAAAUCGUCCAUUUGAAUUAGAUGAUGCAGCAUUAAGACGUUUUCCUCGUCGUAUUUAUAUUCAAUUGCCAGACUCAAGAACACGUAAACAUCUUUUAAAACAUUUACUUAGUAAACAAGAACAUAGUUUAACUUCCAGUGAUUUCGAAUGGAUUGCUAAUGAAACACAUAAUUACUCGGGUAGUGAUUUAACUGCAUUAGCCAAAGAUGCUGCAAUGGGUCCAGUACGUGAAUUACGUGUUGAUCAAUUAAAAGAAUUAUCUGUUAGUCGUAUUCGACCAAUAUCACGACAAGAUUUCAUUCAAGCAUUAAGAAAAAUUCGACCAAGUGUAUCACCAUCAACACUUGAAAAAUAUAUUACAUGGGAUCGUCAAUUUGGUGAUGGUAGUUCUUAA